UAAAGAAUUAGCAUACUUGCAUUGCACAGGACACAUGUAGGAGUAGGUUUGCACAGCAAAAGUUGUGUAAGCGUCAAAGAAUCAAACUGUUAAUGCAGAAAGCCUUGUGAGGCGAUGCCUGAGCUAUGGAGGUAGCUAAAGAUAUCGGUGCUGAUAAAAUUCAAGACAAUAUAGCAUCAAGGCUACGAGGACGUCUACAAGACGACACAGGCCACAUCAGUGAGGCAUUCCCUCCUGACACUGCCAACAGCCACAAAAUGACAGCUAACACCGGCUCAAGUGUUAAAUUCAGGACUUUUGUAAUGGCUGGGGCUGCUGCAGGAAUUAUGGAGCACUGUGUUAUGUACCCCGUUGACUGUGUAAAGACACGAAUGCAAUGUCUCAGACCUAGCCCAGGAGCAAUAUAUGAUGGGAUAAUGGAUGCAUUUAGAAAGAUGGUCCGGACUGAAGGUGCCCUUUCUCCAUUCAGAGGAAUGAAUAUUGUGGCAUUAGGUGCAGGACCAGCCCAUGCACUUUAUUUCUCAAGCUAUGAAGUCACAAAGAAUUUUAUUGGCAAACUUGGUCAUGGCAAUCAUUCAUCUGCAUUGGCCUUUGGUGGGGCUGGUGUUGUUGCAACAAUGUUUCAUGAUGGUGCAAUGAAUCCAAUCGAUUUUGUAAAGCAAAGGCUACAGAUGUAUGGGAGCCCAUAUCGUGGAGUCUUUCAUUGUCUUCGAACUGUAAUAAAGGAGGAAGGCAUACAGGCAUUUUACCGGAGCUAUACAACCCAGUUGUCAAUGAAUAUUCCAUUUCAGUGUGUACAUUUUAUAACAUAUGAAACAUUCAGAAAAAAAUUCAAUCCUGGUGGUGCUUAUAAUCCAUGGACUCAUGUAAUAGCUGGAGGUAUAGCUGGUGCAACAGCAGCCGCAAUAACCACACCGUUGGAUGUAGCAAAAACAUUGUUGAAUACACAGGAGAAGUGUGCUGUUUGUGAAGUAAUGCAUUCAGACACCAGGGUCUUUAUAACUGGAAUGUUUAAUGCAAUGAAGUUAGUUUACAAACUUGAAGGAAUGAAGGGAUAUUUCAGAGGCAUCCAAGCAAGAAUUAUUUACCAAAUGCCAUCUUGUGCCAUUAGUUGGUCUGUUUAUGAGUUUUUUAAGCAUCGGUUAACAAUGACUCCAGAGGAACAAAUUGAAUGGAUGGAAAGUGCCAUAUAGUGAAUUUGAUAGAGUUUGUAACAGUUUUUGCAGUUAGGGGUUAUAAAAAUAAACAAAAUUUUGUAGCUUUUCUGUUUAGAUUCCCAUAGAAAUACCAAUCUCUUAUUUGCAAUAUCAUGAAGAAAAAUUGUCUUCUGUAUGUAUGACCAGUAAAAUAUAUGUUAUUUUAUUUUUAAUUGGCAAGCAUUUUAGACCAAGUAAAUUUAAGAACCAUUUUAAACUUAAGUGGGUAUUAUCAAUCAUAUUAUAGAGGCCAGUUUUACCUGAUUCAUGAACACAGCUGAAAGUAGUUAAAUGCAACUAUCAAAUUUAGAUGGUUUCUACAUUCAGGCUUGUCAGCCAGCCUAUUUUAUGUUUUCAUAAACAUCUUGGCCAUGCUAAAAUUUAUUUUUGUACAUGGCUGAUGAAAAUAUUAUUGCUGGUGUUAGCGGCCAUUUAAACUUUUUUAAACUUGAAAUUAAAACCUUUAAAGCAAAAGAGUCUAAAUUUGCACAGGAUUGUAAGAAAAAGGCUAAUGUCUUAACUUAGAAUUAAAUUAAAGAAAUGGAACAGCCAUACUGAAGUCAGUGGAUUUAACUUUUUUGCAAAUACUUCUUCAUGUUUAGAACAAUUUUCAUAAGACUCAAAGAUAUUGCACAAUUAUUGUCUUGGUAAAGAUGAUUUAAUAAGAUCAUGAUAGUUAGAUAUGAAAUUGGAUUAAAUAGCGCCAAGAAGGUUUUUUCUUUGAACAGCAUGAAGGAAAUUUAAACCUUUUGUCAACAAAUCCUUGCCCCUUCCCCCCUAGAACUGCCAAGUUCCAACAGCUGAAAAGAACAGUUUGAAAACAUAAUAAAUUUGUCAAGGAAAUAGGAGUAUGUUGGUUGUUUCUCUCAGCAUGUUCAAUGAGUUUUUAUCCAGCCAUCGACUAUAUUUUGAAAUAGCACUUUUGUUUCUGUCUGCAAAUAUGUGACAUCUUAGUACUUUUUCACAUAUACCUUCUAUUAAAUCAAGCAUAAUUGAGUAUCUUUGAAUAGGCAUAAUGUUUAUGCGUGAUAUGAUUCAACUAUAUGUUAGGUGAACUUAGUUGCAUCUGUCUACUCUUCUCUCUUUCUAAUAAAUUAUUAACGAUCCCCAUUUCUUAUGUCGAAUCGAUAUUUAAUCAAGAAAGCGCAUUUGCCAACUAUAUAAGAACAACAGUAUAUUGUUACUGUUCGCUAAUCUCUUCAUUGCUACCUCUUCUGAUGAAAAAUAAAGGCGCCUACUUUACUUUGAUUUGAACAGAAAAAUAAGUUUUAUCUGCGAUUUUAUUUCGCUCGUGUCGCCAGAGUUCAGUUUUCUUUAUCUUUUUACUGUGUGAUAUUUGGUAGAGCAUUAUGUAUAGUCAAAAAAGCUAUUUUCAUAUUUCUUUUUUGAAACUUUCACUGGUAUGGGUUGUCCGAUAUGAAACAACAACAACAGAGCCACUUUUUUAAAAGCCCUCGUCCCUCAUCUUGCUAGCAUUUUUAUGAUACUAGUAAUUGCUUUUGUCAGUUAUUGCUUUGAACCAAAUAUGAUCGUAGAUUCCAAGUCAAAAAUCGAAGCUAGGUUAAAGUAUUCAAGCCAUUUUUCAAGUGUUGGACCUAUUUGCCUCUUUUUGUUAGAUCUAAAAAGAAUGGUUUAUGCAAUCUUUUAUCGUAAGUCUUUUUAUUCUGUAUACAGAAAUAACAAGGGAGCAAUGAAUAUAAGAGCUAAGUGAAUGAUAAUGCUUUCAUGCUUAUUGUACUAUACAAGUUGUGGGAAGUAGGUGCUUUUAGAAUUGCUAUCCAAUUACGUACUUGAUCUAGUGAUGUUUUUUUUAUCGAACAGUUUUGAGUGCACUUAUCUGUCAUAACUUUGCAUGCAGAUUUUGUCGGUCGCAAGUUGUUAUUCUGUUUUUUAUCCCAAAUCUUAUCAGACAGCCAAGCUCAAGAAUUAUCAAGUAAUUAUCUCGGUAGAAACAUUUUCAAGUACUUCCUUGUCCAUUUCCUAGAAUUACAUUAAAACAUUUUUAUACGGCUAAAACUUUGUUCUUGCUUUAUUAUAAAGAACCUUUAUUUAGUAAUGAAAGCCAUCGACUGUCUCCUUCAGAUUACAUGACAUUUAUUUAAGGAUAUGUUUUGUAAUGUAUUUCCAGUCAGAUAGGUUGUUCCACAAAGCUGCGGUGUAGGUCCAUUGCUUUUCAUUGCCAAAAGCUUAUGUUACUUAUUUAGAAUAUAACAUUUCUCACUUCUUACACGACUUCUGGUUCUUUAGUAACGUUUAAAGUUUUUAAGCUGACCAAUCUCGUUGACGGUACCUCUUUAGCAAUUUUGCUGUUAACGCCAACAAUUCAGAAGUAAAAUUUAAACUUCUAAAGGCCAAUUUUGACGAUUUUUUUAGUAUUGAAAAACCAAUCUUCUCUUUGUUAAUGCCAAGAGUUUCCAUAUUUAUAAGCUUCUCGUUAGUGACGGAUAUCUCAUUUCUGAAUCAAUUGCGCUCUGUUUCUGAAAACAGGUUAUAUAAAAAAUGAGUCUCGUGAUUGCAGGGUUGGCACAUUAUUUUGUGACUUCCCUUGAUACUAUCGAAGCGUUUACUUUAAGUAUCGUGCAAAUUUAAUUUUUCAUCAAUUUUUAUCCCAAAGCCUGAUUUUUGAUACGUGCUCUCUCAAAAUAAACAGCAAAGUUAAGUUACCUGUCAGUCAGCCGAUGUUUGUUCUCGAGCUGUUCCUGAGGAUCCUCGCUUACAUUUCCUUUUAGGUAGCCAAGUUUAACCACGCCUGCAACAAAUACUGUUAAGGGUAAUUGAGAAACACAUAGGUUUCUAGAGUUCAGUUUUUAAAGUUCAGAUUUGCAGAAUCGAUAUGAAUUCUAAACAGUGCGGCUGCACUUGAAGAAAUGGUCAACGAUUUCUUUCGUUACAUCUGCAUAGUUUUCUGCAUAUGUUAAGUCAUCUUCAUAAAAGCUUAUACA